AUGGCCGGCAUGACAUCAGGGAUGACCAAUUCUCGCUCUGGCCUGCCCCAACCUGGCACGAUUGCGAGUAAAACGUCGAGUCUAUCGCACACCACCCGCGCCAGAAGCGCUACACAGGCCCCCGAGCCCAGCCGAUCUGGGACAGGAAGCCUUCCUCCGUCACGUCCAGGAACAAGUAUGGGACGAGUUCAUACUAGAACUAAUUCCCAUGCGUCAUCAACUCUGACCCGAUCGGCCUCAACUGCUUCACGGACUACCAGAACGAAUUUCUCCUCCACUGUUGGACCCGGAUCACGGCCUCCUUCGCAUGCGCCACGACCGCACACAUCGCUUGCUGGUACCCGAAAACCGAACGGUCACUCCAUCACUCGGCCCGCGACGUCAUUGGAUACCCAUGAAGAAGAGGAUUUCGCUGCAAGCAUUUUGGGAAAGAGAAAGGGCGCCGAAUGGGAUCAUGCUACGCGUGAAAAGACAAUGGAGGAGUUUUUCAAUGCCUUUGUCUCACGAGUCAGCCAAGCCGGACAAGAGAGCUUCGGUCUGAAAGAGACCGUUGAGUUGUACAAAAGCAGAGUGAGCGAGUUGGAAACAACACGAAAGGAACUGACCGACACAAAUCUCUCAUUACGGGUGGAACUCGAGACCACAAAGGGCCGACUAGAUGCUGCCGAGGCAGCCCUGAAGGACGCUAAAAGGGACCAUGAGAUUGCCAUGGACGAUGUAGAACGUCAGCAACGCGCCGAAAUUGAGACGGUCAGACAAGAGAGCAGGCAGCAGCUGCAGGCACUAGACAACCAGCACCAAGACGAACUCCGCGAACUGAGACGCCAUUUCGAGCAGCAGAUAAACGACGAAAAAGCCCUCCGAUUCCAAGAGAUCAACCAGAUCACCUCGCAGACUGCGCUCGACACGCAACGUUCGCUCCUCGAGUUAGAGCGCAAGGAUAGGGAAAUUGCCAAGCUCCAGCAAAAUCUACAGGCUGUCCGAGAAGAUCUGGAGCGUGAACGCAAGGCAAAUCACGACUUGCGACAGAACCUUGACACGGCAAGCUGCAACAGUGUUACACUCGAGUCCUCAGUUCGCGCAUUGAAGGCAAGAAUAGAAUUCCUGGAAUCGGGACGGGAAGAGCAGUCUCAGGCCUUUGAGCGUCUCAACCAGCAGAUGAAUGAUGCCCUGGCUGAAACUGAGGCGACAAGGGAGAAGCUGAGGAAAGAGGAAACUUUGAGAAGGAAGCUGCACAAUCAGGUGCAGGAGCUCAAGGGCAACAUUCGCGUGUUUUGUCGAGUGCGCCCGUCCUUAGAGUCCGAAGUUGCGGAAACCGCUCAAAUCGAGUACCCGGACCAGUCAGACGAAUGCAAGGAGAUUUGUCUUCUGGGUCCAGAAGAAAGAAGCGCUCUCGGCACCGUUACCCGGAAGAACAACAGUUUCACCUUUGACCGCGUUUUCGGACCUUCGACACAGAAUGCGGAGGUGUUCGAGGAAAUCAGCCAACUCGUACAGAGCGCCCUCGAUGGGUACAAUGUCUGCAUCUUCUGCUAUGGCCAGACAGGCAGUGGCAAGACAUAUACCAUGUCUUCCCUUGAUGGCAUGAUCCCCCGAGCAGUACAUCAGAUCUACCAGACCGCUCAGAGCCUGGAAGAGAAGGGCUGGAGGUACACUAUGGAAGGCAACUUCGUGGAGGUGUACAACGAAAACUUGAACGACCUUCUGGGCAAGGCGGAAGAGCUGGACAAGAAGAAACACGAGAUCCGCCACGACAUGCAGAGAUGUAAGACGACGAUCACCGACAUCACCACUGUGCGGCUGGAGUCGCCCGAGAUGGUCGAAUCUAUGUUAAAACGAGCUGCGGCCAAUCGGUCAGUGGCGGCUACCAAGGCCAACGAAAGAUCUUCUCGGUCACACUCGGUCUUCAUUCUCAAGCUCCUCGGUGAAAACCACAUUACCGGCGAACGCAGCGAGGGAACCCUAAACUUAGUGGAUCUGGCCGGCAGUGAACGGCUCAGUCACAGCCAGGCAACUGGGGAGAGACUGAAGGAGACACAGAACAUCAAUCGCAGUCUCAGCUGCCUCGGAGAUGUCAUUGCAGCUCUCGGACAAGGAAAGGAAGGUGGACACAUUCCCUACCGCAAUAGCAAGCUCACUUACUUGCUUCAAUUUUCACUGGGUGGAAACUCCAAGACUCUCAUGUUUGUGAUGUGUAGCCCAUUGCAAGCUCACCUUGCAGAGACAUUGACUAGUCUCAAGUUUGCUACAAAGGUGCACAACACACACAUUGGCACGGCAAAGCGACAGACUCGUGUUCGUGAUGUUUAA